UCUGGAAGCUGGGUUGGGGGAGGAAGCCUGGUGGCUCUGACCUCCCCUGGAGGCGCAGGAGGCCCAGCCAUGACACUCUUAGUGGAUGCCAUGCCCCUGGUGAAGGAGCCCCACCCCCUGCCUGUGGCCCCACGUCCCUGGGUCCUCCCCAGCCUGUUUGCUGCCUUCAAUGUAGUGCUGCUGGUCUUUUUCAGUGGCCUGUUCUUCGCAUUCCCUUGCAGGUGGCUGGCUCAGAACGGGGAGUGGGCCUUUCCUGUCAUCACAGGCUCCCUCUUUGUCCUUACCUUCUUCAGUCUCAUUUCACUCAACUUCUCAGACCCUGGCAUCUUACAUCAAGGCUCCGCUGAGCAGGGCCCCUUGACGGUGCACGUGGUGUGGGUGAACCACAGGGCCUUCCGCCUGCAGUGGUGUCCAAAGUGCUGCUUCCACCGCCCACCCCGGACCUACCACUGCCCCUGGUGCAACAUCUGUGUGGAGGACUUUGACCACCACUGCAAGUGGGUCAAUAACUGCAUCGGUCACCGCAACUUCCGCUGCUUCAUGCUGCUCGUCCUGUCCCUGUGCCUCUACUCAGGCGCCAUGCUGGUCACCUGUCUCAUCUUCCUGGUGCGCACAACCCGCCUGCCCUUCUCCACCGACAAGGCCAUCGCCAUCGUGGUAGCUGUGUCCGCCGCGGGCUUCCUGGUGCCGCUGUCCCUCCUGCUGCUGAUCCAGGCCGUGUCCGUGAGCUCCGCCGACCGCACCUACAAGGGCAAGUGCAGGCACCUUCAGGGAUACAACCCCUUCGACCAGGGCUGUGCCAGCAACUGGUAUUUAACAAUUUGUGCACCACUGGGACCCAAGUACAUGGCUGAAGCUGUCCAGCUGCAGAGAGUGGUGGGGCCUGACUGGACAUCCAUGCCGAACCUGCACCCUCCAAUGUCCCCCUCUGCUCUCAACCCCCCAGCCCGCCCUCCCCCAGCCCCAACCUCUGGGUCCCUCCAAACCAGGGAAGGGUCCCCCAGGGCGUGGUGAGGCUGCAGUUCUC